AUGAGAUUUCGUAUCCGUGGACCAAAUGGACAAUCCACUAUCACUCUUGAUGAUAGUGCUACCGUGAACGAUCUCCGAACUCAGAUUGUGGAUAAGACUGGAUUGAAAUCCUACGAUGUGAGAUACGGAUAUCCCGAUCUCAAACAUUUUCUGCUAGAUGAGCUUCAAUCAAACCAGAAGAUCUCUGAUAUCGGGUUUAAGCUGGAUGGGGAGCAACUUCUGAUAACGAAGAGAGAAGCACCUCCCAGUAAUGAGGGGUUAACACCCAGCUCGCAAGAGCCACUCAAAAAGCAUCCGAUGUCACACACGUCCAGCGACGCUAUCUCAGACGAUUCACCCGAGAUUCCAUCUCCUGAGCAUGCGGGUACCUUUGUCUUACGUAUUAUGCCUGACGACAACUCGUGUUUGUUCCGCGCUGUGGGCAGUGCUCUCAUGGGGGGUAUGGAUGCGAUGAACGAGUUGAGGUCUGUUGUCGCACAAACUAUCCAACAAAAUCCGGGCCUCUACUCGGAGGCAGUGCUAGAGAAGAAGCCGGACGACUAUUGCCGCUGGAUACAGAAUGAGGAUUCAUGGGGUGGAGGUAUCGAACUUAGCAUCCUCAGCAAGCAUUUCGAUAUCGAAAUCUGCUCAAUCGAUGUACAAACGCUCCGCAUUGAUCGAUUCAACGAAGGUCCACCAACUCGCUGUAUUUUAGUUUACUCAGGUAUUCAUUAUGAUACCAUUGCGCUAUCUCCGUCCGAUCCUCCUUUCACCCAUUCAUAUGCACCCCCUGAGUUUGACACCAAGGUCUUUGACGCUGCGGAUCCUUUAGUGCUACAAAAAGCGCUAGAGCUCUGUAAGGUACUGCAGAGUAAGCACUACUAUACUGAUACCGCAGGUUUCCGUAUUCGCUGCAAUACAUGUGGUCGGGUUUUCAUUGGAGAAAAGGGCGCCACUCAGCACGCAUCGCAGACUGGCCAUUACAAUUUUGGGGAGGCCAGUUCAGAUUAA